AGUUUUCCCUCUCCAGUCUCCAAAAUCGGUUCUUUUGAUUGACAAAUCAAUAUUGGGCAUAUUUUUUUUGCCCUAAUCCUUCAACGAGAUCGAAGGAUGCCACAGAGACACUCGAAGAACAACAACGAUCUCGCCUUCUUCACCUACGACGAGAAGCGGAAGCUCGGAUAUGGGACUCAGAAGGAGCGGCUCGGGAAGGAUUCCAUCAAGCCCUUCGACGCCUGCUGUCUCUGCUUGAAGCCUUUCAUCGAUCCGCUGUGUUGCCAGAAAGGCCAUGUCUUCUGCAAGGAGUGCAUUCUCGAAUGCCUCUUGUCUCAGAAGAAAGACAUCCAAAGAAAGACAACAGCCCAUGCUGCACAGAAGAAACAGGAGAAGGAAGAGGAAGAAGAGAGGAUGAUGCUGCAGAAGGCCAGGGAAAUCGAAGCCUUUGAUCAACAAAACCAUGGCGCAUUGCCCCACGGCUACAGUGACAAAAACCUCAUCACGGACAAGAGCGGUGGGUUCCACGGAGCAAACAGUGUUAAAGCAACCGCCUUUGAAGAGGAAGCCCUCCGCACCAUGAAAGCCUUCUGGCUUCCCUCCGCCACACCAGAGGCGCCCUCUAAAGUCGAUGCCCCUUCCGGAAAUACCCUUUGCCCCGAAGGGAGGGAAAAGCUGAAGAUGAAAAACCUCUUCCCUAUACACUUCACAGAAGAUGGGAGCGAGAAGAAGAAAGUGAAGUCGAUUGAUAAAACGUACAUAUGUCCCAGUUGCAAGGUCACACUAAACAACACUCUUUCCCUCGUUGCCCUCAACACGUGUGGGCAUGUUUUCUGCAAGAAGUGCGCGGGAAAAUUUGUUGCCGUGGACAAUGUUUGUGUAGUCUGCGACAGGCCGUGCAAAGACAGGAAUCUGGUGGAUCUAGAGAAAGGCGGGACCGGGUUUUCGGGCCACGGGGAUCAUUUGGAAGCAAAAGAAUUUAAGCAUUUGGGAAGCGGGUCAGGAUUGGGUUUAGUGAGGCCUGCAAUGAAGACAUGAUCAUGGUGUGCAGUUAAGAAUUGGUGUGCCUCUUUGUUUUCACUCUGCUGUUCGGUUUCUCAAUCAAUUCGACUAAGAAUUAUGCUUGAAGCAGCCUACUUUUGACACCAUUCUUCUUACAAAGAUUCACACACACACACACACACGAAGCGUCGGAUGCUUGGGAAUAUGUUUGUGUCAAAGUUAAGGCGCACUUGGCAGUUUUCAUUGGACUAAACGUUACUUUUAUAGAGAUGUGGAUCAGUGUUUGUUUUUGGGAGAGAUUGUACAACUUCCUGAGAAAAAUAUGGAAUGUAAAUUAUGUUGAAUAUGUAGUGUACUUUGAAUUUCCAACAAUAUUUACGAAGAUACUCUCUUGAUCAUGUAUUUGUGCUUGUCCUUUUUUAAAUACUAUGAACUCUAUUACAAUGUGUUAUUUGCUCAUUUGCAUACUCAAAGUUUUGAAACCGAUUACUUUGUUGGG